AUGGUUUCUGGGAGACUCCUCUCCGGCUUACUGCAGCCAUUUUGUGCGCCCAGGGCGCCGAUUGGCAACGCAAUUCGCUCGCAAUGGACUCAUUCCACCCCGGUGUUGCGCUCAAACUUCUCAUCCUCGAGGUCGAUUAUUUCCCAAAUUAAUGUUUCUAGGAGGCAGCCCUUCCACAGCACUCCGCGGCGCCCUCGCGACCCAGCCGAUGACCCGAACUGGAAGUCCCUCAUCGACGAGCCGCCGCAGCUGGUGCGCGUCAAGAGCAAGCAUGGACCGGGCAUCAUCCUCUUGGCCAUCAUCCCCAUAACCGCCUUCCUUCUCGGUACCUGGCAAGUCCACCGUCUCCGAUGGAAAACCGACCUAAUCGCCAAAGCCGAAGACCGUAUCAUCCGCCCACCUCUGCCCCUCCCUCCCCACGUCGACCCCGACGCAGUCGCGGACUUCGACUUCCGCCGCGUCACCGUGACAGGCCGUUUCCGGCACGACAAGGAAAUGCUCGUCGGCCCACGUAUGCGCGACGGCGAGCAGGGCUACAUGGUGGUGACGCCACUGGAGAGGAACGAUGAUCCUACCGCGACGGUGCUGGUGCACCGAGGAUGGAUUAGCAAGAAAAUGGCGGAUCAGAGGUUGCGAGAUCCCGAGGCUCUGCCGCAAGGCGAGGUGACAAUUGAAGGGAUGCUGAGAACGCCGUGGAAGAAGAAUUUCUUUACGCCGGAGAACCGGCCGGAUCGGUGGGAGUUUUACUUUCCGGAUGUGAAGCAGAUGGCCGAGUUGACGGGGAGUCAGGCGGUUUGGAUUGAGCAGACUAUGGACCCCGACUUCUUCACGCUCAACGCCUAUCAAGAGAAGGGUGUCCCUAUAGGCCGACCGGCCGAAGUUAACCUGCGCAACAACCAUGCGCAGUACAUCAUCACAUGGUAUGGCCUGUCCCUGGCCACGGCGAUCAUGUUUUGGAUGGUGCUCAAGUCCAAGAAGUCCCCUAAUGAGGCGGCCCGUCGUGUGCGCAUGAACAUGCACUGGUGA